ACGACCACAGCGACACGUCAUACGAAUGGGGACUUCAGUCAAACGACUGGCUUCGAUUAACCGUAACUUUCCAGGCUCUUCUGGUGCUGUUUUUACACACUACCAUUAGCUUGACCUUUUCGACUAAGAGCCUGACUGUGCUUGCAUGGUGCGGCUGUGAAAGUCGGGCAAAGUUGUAGGCUACUUCGUCAUCAUUUUCAUUUGAGCUGUCAUUGAGAAUUUUGCAGAAGAAGAAUGCAAGGUGCACAGCAGCUCAUGAAGGUGUUCGUGACCAGGCGUAUUCCACAGGAGGGGAUGAAAAUACUUAAACAAGCGGGAGUGUGUAACCUUUCCGUGUGGGACUCUGACGAGCCCGUGCCCCGCGCUGAUCUUCUAAACGGCGUGGCCGGUGCGCACGGCCUUGUCUGUCUCCUGUCUGACCGGAUUGAUGCGGAGGUUCUUGAUGCUGCAGGUCCCAACUUGAAGGUGAUCAGCACCAUGUCUGUGGGGUUUGACCAUCUCUCUAUUGACGAAAUCAAGAAGCGGGGGAUUCGAGUUGGCUACACUCCAGAUGUCCUCACUGAUGCCACCGCCGAGCUCACCGUCGCUCUGCUCCUGGCUACUGCCCGCCGGCUACCUGAGGGGGUGAACGAGGUCAAAAGUGGGGGCUGGAGCACAUGGAAGCCUCUGUGGCUGUGUGGAUACGGCCUCUCUGGCUCCACAGUGGGCGUCAUUGGACUGGGCCGCAUAGGCUUGGCCAUAGCCAAACGCCUGAUGCCUUUUGGGGUGAAGAAGCUGCUGUACACUGGACGAGGGGCCAAGCCCGAGGCUAAAGAAGUGGGCGGGGAAUUCGUGCCUCUGGACGCGCUGGUGUCCCAGAGUGACUUCGUGGUCGUCUCGUGCUCCCUCACUCCGGCCACUCAGGGCCUGUGUGACAAAGCCUUCUUCAGCAAGAUGAAGAAGACUGCCGUCUUCAUCAACACCAGCAGAGGUGCGGUGGUGAACCAGGAGGACCUCCAUGAGGCUCUCUCCAGCGGGACGAUUGCUGCAGCUGGUCUGGAUGUGACCACACCUGAGCCCCUGCCCACGGAUCACCCCCUUCUGACCCUCAACAACUGCGUGAUCCUGCCUCAUAUUGGGAGUGCCACCUAUGCCACCCGUGGCAUCAUGGCAGAGCUGACGGCCAACAACCUACUGGCAGGUCUCACGGGUGCUGCCAUGCCCACCGAACUGAAGAUCUAGUGUCUGGUACUUCCCCUUCAUCGGGCCACUAGCCAGUCAAAGCAGUAGCAUCUGUUUGCUGAGCAGUGGCCUCUGUUUGCUGAGGCAAACCUGAAUGCCUGGACCUCGAUAUUAGGGUCUGUUUAGAACAUGUCUUUUGGAAAGAUAAUUCUUUAACUUGAAAGCCUAGAAACCUGGAAAUUAAACUAAAGCUAACAAUGUUUCAGAUAACCAAUAUUUUUGAUCUCUUGAUAUGGGCCUUAAUUAGUUUAUUUGCGCAAAGUGGUGGCAUCUUGCGUUGUUGAUCUUGAAGAUGUUUGUUGUUGAUGUUGAUUUCAUAAGAAGCACUUCCCUCCAUGGUAGCUGUUGUUCCUGUGUGCUGUAAACAUGGUGCAGGUGCAGAAGUGCCACUCACUGUGACGUCACUACAGUAGCCGUGGCCUAACCCUAACUGAGGACAACACUACAGUAGCCGUGUCCGAACCCUAACUGUAAAGAACUUGAAGAAAGACGAGUAUGGCAGCAGCACCAAUACACUCCUUGUGCCUUGUCACUCCCCUCUGCACGUACAGCUUUUUUUGUAGAGCUCAAAUAGAAGCAUUUCAACAUUUAAACAUUUCUCUCACAGUUUACCUGUACAGCAAGAUUCUAAAAAGCGCUGAUAAAUGUCUUAGCCAAGGGAUUGUUCUGUGAAUGUCAUGUCAAGCAACUAAGCCAUGCUUUCACUGUUGUUGCCUCUGAUCUGCUUUGUCAGGGAAGUAAAUAAACUUAAUGAGAUU